AAAAAAAGAAAGAAAAUAACCAAAUGCUGAAAAUGAGGCAAAAGAACAAGCACCACUAAUUGUAAUAUCCCCUACUAAGUACGAUUCUUUAGUAACAAUAAUUCUAAGUUGUAACGCUAACAAUAACAACUCGACAUUCCACCACUCGCCAAUUUCCCACCACAAUCACUUUCUCGUCAUCCAAACACACCCUUCUGUUUUUGUUUCCGUUAAAAUUUUAAUCCCCACAUGGUGGCAUGUCUUUUCUUAUGCCACGUGUCCCUCGUCGACAACAUGAACCGGUUAUCUUCCGUCACCGGGAUAUUGCCCUGUUUGUGCUCUUGCAGUAAGCUUAGUAGAGAAGCUAAUAAUAAGCUGGUGGGUUUUGGGUUUAGUUUUCAGUUGCAGAGAAAGAAGAAUCUUAAGUUUGUUGUCAGUGCUGAGCUGUCAAGAGCUUUUUCCAAUAAUUUUGAUUUGGAUUCUCAGAUUGUCCAGUCUCAUGAUCAAUCACAGUUGCCUUGGAUUGGUCCAGUUCCUGGUGAUAUUGCUGAACUUGAGGCCUAUUGUAGAAUUUUUAGAACAGCUGAACGGCUUCAUGCUGCAUUGAUGGACACAUUAUGUAAUCCCAUAACUGGGGAAUGUAGUGUUUCAUAUGACUUUACUGCUGAGGAAAAACCGAUUUUGGAAGAUAAAAUAGUUUCCGUGCUCGGUUGUAUGUUGUCACUUUUGAAUAAAGGAAGAGAGGAUGUUCUUUCCGGUAGAUACUCGCUAAUGAAUUCUUUUCCUGCUACGGAUGGUCUUUCUGGAAGAUACUCGCUAAUGAAUUCUUUUCCUGUUAUGGAUGUAAGCAUGAUGGAUGAUAAGCUUCCACCACUUGCUAUUUUUAGGAGUGAGAUGAAAAGGUGUUGUGAGAGUUUGCAUGUUGCUCUUGAAAACUAUUUGACAUCUGAUGAUGACCGAAGCUUGGCUGUGUGGAGGAAACUGCAGAGGUUGAAGAAUGUCUGUUAUGAUUCUGGAUUUCCCCGUCAUGAUGAUUACCCUUGUCAUACACUGUUUGCUAACUGGAGUCCUGUUUAUUUGUUCACAUCUAAAGAAGAUGUGGCAUCCAAAAAUUCCGAAGUAGCGUUUUGGAAAGGAGGUCAGGUUACAGAUGAAGGUUUGAAUUGGUUAUUGAAUAAAGGAUUCAAGACUAUCAUAGAUCUGAGAGAAGAAACCAUAAAGGAUAACUUUUAUCAAGAGGCCGUGGAUAUUGCUAUUUUGUCCGGAAAACUUGAAUUGAUUAAAAUUCCUGUUGAAGCUAGAACGGCACCUUCAGUGGACCAGGUUGUGAAGUUUGCAUCUCUAGUUUCAGAUUGCAGCAAAAAGCCCAUCUAUCUUCACAGUAAGGAAGGAGCAUGGAGAACUUCUGCAAUGAUCUCCAGAUGGAGGCAGUAUAUGACACGUAGUGCAUCUCAGCUUAUUGUUUCAAGUGAAUCAAGCGAUAUGGUACUACAGGAAACAGAUGAAACCAGAGAUAUCCAGGCAUCAUCUAUAAACAAGAGGUCCCUCCUGGAGCAGACAAACGGAUCACUGGAAUUGGCUUUAGAUAAAGUUCGAGGUUCAAAUGGAGUAUCUCAUGAUGUUGUCUCUCCACUUAAGGAGGAAAGAGGCCAAAGCAAUGAUGGGGUCUAUAAUGCCCCCGUGUCUUCAGUUUCCGGUACAACAUCUCUAGAAACAGUUGAUAGCGAGGAAGGAUCUUCAGCAAACUUCUGCAGGGAAAUUGACCCUCUUGGGGCUCAAAGUCCUCCUAGUAAUAUUUUCUCCAAAGCUGAUAUGUCCAGAUUCUUUAAGACUAAAAGAAUCUCACCUCCCUCUUACUCUAAAUAUAAGUUAAGUAAGUUUAAAAAGCCGCCUGUUUCAAAAGAUAAAUAUACUGGAAUGGUUCAAGCGAGUGAGAUUGUGGACAUUGUUCCCAAGUCACUGCUGACAGAAGGAAAAAAAUCCAAUGGAUCAGCUAGUGAUGAAAAUAUAUCUCCAAAAUUUAAGAGUUCAUCUCUUGAUGGUCAGAAGCAUCUCAAAAGUGGUAGUUUUACAUCUGUUCCUUCAGUUUCAAAUGCAUUUGGUGAAGUAGAUAGAAAUUAUGUCCCUAAAACUAAUGCAAGUGGCAGCUUAAAUCAGCAUGUUAAAUCUGCAAAUGUCAGAGAGGCUCGUGCGGGAAGUGGAGCAGCCUCCUUAAGCUUACGCGAUGAUGAAUUGGGUACAAUUGAAGGAGACAUGUGUGCUUCUGCAACUGGUGUUGUAAGACUGCAGUCAAGAAGGAAAGCAGAAAUGUUCUUAGUGCGAACAGAUGGAUUUUCUUGUACAAGAGAAAAGGUUACUGAAUCUUCCCUGGCCUUCACUCAUCCUAGUACACAGCAACAGAUGCUUAUGUGGAAAACAACGCCAAAAACUGUAUUAUUGUUGAAAAAGCUGGGGCAAGAACUUAUGGAAGAAGCUAAAGAGGUUGCCUCUUUCCUGUAUCACCAAGAGAAAAUGAAUGUUAUUGUUGAACCUGAUGUUCAUGACAUAUUUGCUAGAAUCCCAGGAUUUGGAUUUGUUCAGACCUUUUACAGUCAAGACACCAGUGAUCUUCAUGAGAGGAUUGAUUUUGUUGCAUGUUUAGGAGGAGAUGGGGUUAUACUCCAUGCAUCAAAUUUAUUUAGAGAUGCGGUUCCCCCUGUUGUUUCCUUUAAUCUUGGAUCUCUUGGAUUUCUAACUUCCCAUAGUUUUGAGGAAUAUAAGCAGGACCUAAGGCAGGUCAUCCAUGGGAAUAGCACAGUGGAUGGUGUUUAUAUAACUCUUAGAAUGCGCCUCCGUUGUGAAAUCUUCCGCAAUGGUAAAGCAGUGCCUGGGAAAGUGUUUGAUGUCCUAAAUGAGAUGGUUGUUGACCGGGGUUCUAAUCCAUAUCUUUCUAAGAUCGAGUGUUAUGAACAUGACCGGCUUAUAACCAAGGUACAAGGUGACGGAAUCAUAGUGGCCACACCUACAGGCAGUACUGCUUACUCUACAGCUGCUGGAGGUUCCAUGGUGCAUCCAAAUGUUCCUUGCAUGCUAUUUACCCCAAUCUGUCCUCACUCCCUUUCAUUCAGGCCAGUCAUACUUCCAGAUUCUGCGAGGCUUGAACUAAAGAUUCCAGAUGAUGCUCGAAGUAAUGCAUGGGUUUCUUUCGAUGGGAAGAGAAGGCAGCAACUUUCAAGGGGGCAUUCCAUCCGAAUAUCCAUGAGCCAGCACCCAUUGCCAACAGUCAACAAAUGUGAUCAAACAGGUGAUUGGUUCAGGAGUUUGAUUCGUUGUUUGAACUGGAACGAAAGGUUAGAUCAGAAGGCUCUAUAAAGGUUUUGAUACUGAAGACAAGCCUGCGCCAUUUUCAUUUCAGGAUAGAGGUUUGUGUAAAUUUGUGUACAUAAUGUAAACUAAAAUUACCACAGAAAAUCUUACUGAGUAAACAUAAUUUAUUAUAACUAAGUCAUAACCUUGGCUCCCAAGUGAAGUUAGGGUAUGCCAAUAUUUUUCCUCCUACUAAGCAUUAGAUAUUGUAUAACAUAUAGUCAAUAAUUGUUGAUAAUAAAAUAUACUUAUAUUGCA